AUGGCGACCCAGGGUGGCGAAGCAGCAGAAUCUGAGCGGCCGAGCGUUGUGAAGCUGAAUGUUGGUGGCCGGCACUAUGUGGCUGCAGCAUCCACGCUGACAUCCCAGGGUGGCAUGCUGGCGGCAAUGCUGCAAGGGCCCUACAGCUCAGCAGAGCUUGUGGACGGCGCGUUCUUCAUCGACAGGGAUGGGGAAGUCUUCCGCUACAUCCUGGAGUACCUCCGCUGCGGUAUGGUGGAGGUACCACCGACAAUGCCAAAGGGGCUCUUGAAGAAGAUCGAGCGCGAAGCGGAUUUCUUUGCUUUUCCCGGCCUUGUCCGCUACAUUCGGGAGCGGCUGGUGGAAAAGCGGGUGCGGGUCAGCAUCUUUAUCGGCAGGUUCAUGUGCUCCAACGACGGCUGCAAUUGUGGAGCCGGACAGAAAGUGGAGAUCAACGAGGUGGAAGGCCUUUCUUUCUUCGAUGCGGAGUUCAUCCAUCCGCGUCAGGAGAGAAGACCUGCGAUUGGCGCACCGUCCUGUGUGCUGCAUAUCCUGCUCCAGCUGCAGCCCUCCGCAGAUUCCAAGGGCGAGGCAGAGGGCCGCGAGGGCACUGGACCUGUCGUCCUGGAGCCUACAGAUGAGAGCAUGGAGCAGGCGACAAGCGCAAUCCGUCACGCCCUUCUCUGCAGCGAUGAGAUUGGACAGUCCAGUGCGGACGAGCUCGUCUCAGACGAGUGGUCGCCGGUACGCAGGGCGCUUCUUGACCUGGCAGCAAGCGGGGAUCUCACCUUUCUCCAAUGGCUUGCGCGAGCCGAUGAGUACAAGGUGGGCGAUCCCAACGAUGAGAGGUUCCAGUUCGUUCACUACGAGAAGUUUGUGAAGCUCACUUUCGAAGUUCUGCCACGACCGGAGACCUGCUUCGGCGCGACUUCGCCUCGGCAGCCCCCAUGA